AUGAAUUCGUCAGAUCUGGCCCUCGCCUGGCCAAAUUCCGAUCUCUGUCGAUUAGAUCUGAACCUUCUCUAUUGUGAAUUUGUCAGAUUUGGCCUUCGUCAAUCAGGAUCGAAUCUCCGUAUAACAGAUCGCAAUCUCCACAGAUCAGAAUUCGAUUUCCAGAAAUCAAGCUUCAAUUUCCAUAGAUCCAACCUUGAUAUUCGCAGAUCUAACUUAAUCCUCCGAGAUAAUGAUCAAUUUGCUCGCAACAACUUCUUAGAAACCAAGAGGUACGUCAUGGAUAAACUUCGCAAUGAACUUACAGAAGUGAUAGGUAAAGACACAGUAAGAGAAUCGAAAUUGUCUGAAUUACCUUACCUGGAACCCUGUGUCAUGGAGACACCUUGGUUACACCCUACCGCACCACUGCUCCUACCUUAUUGCGCCGUCCAAACAUGUGAAGUGAUGGGCUACACCAUUCCUGAGGACAGUCAAGUGCUGGUGAAUAUUUGGGUAAUUACCCGAGACCCUACCAUUUGGGACGAUCCACUGAGCUUCAAACCCGAGCGAUUCCUCAACUCAGAGUUAGACUACAAUGGGAUAAAUUUCGAAUACAUGCCACUUAGUUCAGGAAGGAGGAUGUGCCCUGGACAACCUUGGCUUCAAAGGUACUUCCUCUAG